ACGUUCUAGACUUCGCAUGACACAGUUUCGUCAUCGCCAUUCCCAAGGCUGACAUCUGUGAGUGCUGCCACAAGAGCAUCUGAGAGUCUUGGCUCCAAUGGCUAGUUGCAGUAGCGAAGAUUUCCUGCCAGAAGGCGAAACGCGGAGGGGAGAAGGCUGUGAACCACCCGCGCUUAGAGGCUCGGCUUUGGUCGGAAGCGCGAGCACUAUCACCAUGGGCGGAGAAGGGGAGGCCUCGCGGACGAAUAGCGCGGCGGAAGCUAGAGUGACCUCCCUGCGGAGUGGGGAACGGGACGCGGAAGCCAGCCAAUCAGCGGGAGCCUCAUUAAUGUUAGAUGGGCAGGCCAGUUGUUCAGAACAGAAUGAUUUUGCCGCCAGCCGAAACCGUGGUGACGACGAUGUUGAGCUAGAGAUAAGAAGCGAUUCCAUGGCGCUAGAUGAUGGCGCGCGGGCGGAACUACGUUGCGGGGAAGCGGAAUCAAGCGAUGGGGGACGGGGGACGGCGGAGUGCGCGGAGAAGCGGAAUGGCGGGGAAGGCGGGGAAAGCGCGGAGGAGAAGAGGGGAGGUUCGAGUGAACACGACGUUAGCGAUGAGCUCAAGGAAGGGGAGGGGGCGGAAGCGGAGUCAGGAAGCAGCCCGCGCGGAAGCGCGGAAGGCGGGGGGAGAGAAGGGGGGGUUGUUGAAACGGGCGGUGGGGGGGGAGAAACGCCAGGAGCGGAGGGUGGGGGGAGUGAGAGAGACGAUGAGCGUGGGAGGGGGGACGGCGGUGAAAGGGGAGACGCGAGUGGGAGUGGUGAUGGUGAUGGUGGUGGUGAUGAUUCGAUGGACAACCGUGGUCUGAAAGACCCUGGGAGCAGCAGCAGCAGCAGCAACACCAGCAGCACCGUCACCAGCACCAUCAGCACCAUCAGCAGCAGCAGCAGCACCACCACCACCACUACCGCCAGCAGCAGCAGCAGUGAGAAGGGCAUGGCACUGCAGUCGUUGGGAAUGGGCAUGGGCUUCUUGAGCAGCUCGCUCAACAAGGCCGCCAAGGCCGUGCAGACGCGCGCCCGCCACCUCGUCGCCCACAACCACCGCCGCUUCCAGGCGGACGGCUUUGACCUGGAUCUGACGUACGUCACAGACAGCAUCAUCGCCAUGGGCUUCCCUGGAGGCGACCCCAGCUUCGGCCUGCUGGGCUUCGUCGAGGGGCUGUACCGCAACCACAUGGAGGACGUGAUUCGCUUCCUGGAGUCGCGGCACAGCGGGCGCUACAAGGUCUACAACCUCUGCUCCGAGCGCCUCUACGACGCCGACAGGUUCCACGGCACCGUGGCAUGUUUUCCCUUUGACGACGGAACGUGCCCCCCUCUCGCGCUCACCCUCGCCCUCUGUGAGAGCGCCAAGGGGUGGCUGGCUGCUGGAAGAAGGGCCGGCGCAGCAGCAGCAGCAGCAGCAGCAGCCAGGGGGGCAGUGCAGGGAGGGGAGGCAGGCAGCAGUAGCAUGACCACCACCAGCAGCAACAGCGGCAGCGGCAGCGGAGGGGGCAACGUGGUGGUGGUGCACUGCAAGGCGGGCAUGGGGCGCACAGGCCUUGUGGUGGCGUGCCUGCUGCUCGCACUCAAGGAGUGCAGCACAGCAGCGGAGUCCAUAACUCUGUUUCGGGACAAGAGAAGCGUGGAUGGCAAGGCCCUCACCUCGCCCAGCCAGCAGCGCCACGUGGCAUACUACGAGGCCCUCCUCCGGGCCUCCUCUGCCCCCGCUCCCUCACUGCCCCCCCAGCGACCCCUUGUCCUGCGGGGCAUUCGCCUGCACCGCUGCCCCUACUGGAUCCGACCAGCCAUCACAGUGACCUCCCACUCAGGAGUCAUUUUCUCCUCCAAGAGCCAUCCCAUUACGUCUCAUUUGUCGGCGGAGCACGUGUGGCAUGCGUCGCAGAAGCAGGGCGUGGUGGUGUUUGCGCUGCCCGGCGAGCGCUUUAUCUGCGCACUCAAGGACGACUUCUGCAUCACCUUCCAUGACUCCUACGGGGACUUCUCAUGCUGGCUGCACACCAGCUUCGUACAGCCACGCCACCUCCUCAAAACCUCCGAUCUGGACGGAUUCGAUAAGAGGCGGCUGGCGUCGCCAGGCUUCGUGGUGGAGCUGCUGCUGAUGGUGGAGGCGGACAUGGCGCACCUAGCCGCACACAGCGCCGCUGCUGCUGCUCACAGCACCGCUGCUGCUGCUGCUGCACACAGCACAGAUGGCCGGGGCGCAGGUGGGGUUGGAGGAACACAUGGGGGUGGGCGCAUGGGCAAUGAGGACAAGGAGAGGGAGGGGAGAUCCAAGGAGGGCGGGGUGGAGGUAGGGAGUGUGGAAGGUGUUGAUAGUAGAGGGGCGGAGGGGAGAACAUUAGGGGAUAGCGAUGCUGGCAGCGAUGGGUCAGGCCAGGUGGGAGAGCAAGAAGGGGAGGGGGGGAAUCCAGCAGAGCAAGGAACGGUGGAGGGAGGUAGGGAGCAAGGUGGGUCAUUCAGUGAUGGUUCAAGGGGCACGGAUGGCAUUCACGCUGCUGCUGAUGCUCCUGCAGGGUUGCUUGGUGCUGCUGCUGGCAGUUGCAGCAGCAGAGAGGGAGGACAGCAGACAACUGCUGGAGUUGGGGCAGACGCAGGGGAUGGGGGAGAGUCAGGUGGAGAGAGGGUAAGGGGUUUACAGGGAGAUGGAGCAGAGGCAGGGGCGAGUAGCAGGGGUGAGCCAAGUGCGGACAUACAGCGCUCCAGCCAGAGCGGUAGCUCUUACGGAGAGGUGGCAGCAGCCAGUGAGGUGCAAGAGCUGAAGCUGCAACAGCAAGGGGGGCAGCAGUCAGGGGGAUCCGAGCACAGCAGCGCUGCAGCUGGUGCUGGCACAGGUGGCAAUAGAGCCAUGGCCGCUGGUGCAGGGGGAGGAGGGGCUGGAAAAACACCUGCAGGUUCAGGUCCAGGAGCAGGAACGGCUGUAAGGGCAGUUGCAAGUACAGGUUCAGGAGCAGGUGCAGGGGCGGGAGGAGGGGCAGGAGGGGCAGGAGGGGCAGGAGGGGCAGGUGGGGCAGGAGGGGCAGGAGCAGGCGCAGGUAGAGCAGCAGGAGCAGGGGCAGGUGGUGCAGUGCCUGUGGGCAGUGUGGCGAGCGGGGCGGAGGAGGCGGCGGAGGUGAUGGCAGCAGCGGCAGUGGAGGCGCUGGGCAUGCUGGCCAGCGCCGUCAGCUGGUCCGUGAAGGAGGUCACGGGCGCCAUUGCUGACGCCCGCACCAAGGCCGACCACCGCCAUGCCACUGCUGCCGCUGCUGCUGCUGCUGCUGCCGCUGCUGCUGCUGCCGCUGCCACUGCUGCCGCUGAUAGUGGUGGCGGUGGUGGUGGUGGUGCUGCUGCUGCUGCUGGCGAUGGGGGAGGUGUGGAGGCAAGAGGGCGAGGGACCGUGGUAGGAGCAGGUGAGGCAAGGGCAGGUGCGGGUGGAGUGACGAGCAGCAGCACAGGGCAGCAGCGUGGGGACACCGAGCAGAGCGGUGACGGUAGCAGCAGGAGCGGAGAGGAGCCGUUGGCCAUCACCAUGAAACUGGACUUUAUGAAUGUGGACGAGGGGGAUGAUGAUGAUGAUGAUGGUGAUGGUGAUGGUGAGGGGGGGGAGGGAGGAAGCAGCAGCAGCAAGAGGCGGGAAACGCCGGUCUUCUCAGCAGCGUCGCCUGGCAGCAUCGCUCCCAGGAGCUCCUUCAAAGAUGCAUUCAGCUACUUGGAAGAACAUUCAUCAGCAUCAGCAGCAGCAGCAAAGCCCCCUUUGCCACCAUCAGGAGACACAUCCAACCCCACAUCCACCCCUCCAAGACCCUCCACUGCUGCAUCUCCAUCCCCUUUACCAGCCUCCUCAGUACCAUCAGCAGCAGCAUCUGCUGCCAAGCAGCCAUCACCAGCAUCAUCCUCAGCAGCAAUGCAUGUGGUGGGGAGUGACUCCAUCGAGGCACUGCCGUGCUUUGAAGCCAAGGCGGAGGCGCCCAAGACAGAGGAGUUCUUCUUUGGCCCAUCCUCCGACUUUGCUCUCGCCGCUGCCAGUGCUGCUGACGCCUCGCUCUUCACUUUUGGUGAUGACGAGGAGGAAUGAAUAGGCACGCUGCUGUGUUUGUGCCGGCUUAUGUUCACAUCUGAGGUGCCUCGGAGCAUGUGUGCGCGUGUGUGUAUGUUCGUGUGUUGGGUGGUUCUCGGUUAGGAGACCGUGUCGUUGUCUCUGAUCUGGGAUUAGAGGCGUGUUUCUCCGACCUCUUCCCAGGCUAGCCUCUCCCUAGACUUGCCCAUGGCCUGAAUAUGCCGAGCCCAAUUGCGUGCUGCACCACUCUGAACUGAACUGAACUGUUUCGCUUCAAAAUUACUUGGCAAUGCUGUGUGUUAGUCUGGGAAGAGGCCGUUAGUACAUGGGCAAAGAUCGCCCCUGUCUAGGGCAAAGCUCGCCCCUAUCUAGGGCAAAGCUCGCCUCUGUCUAG